ACGGGGUGCCUUGUAAAUAGUUGCACAGCUUUCAUUCACCUCUGAAAGAGUUAAAGAGAAAAACGUGGGCCGGCACUGGUGUGGAGGCACACGGGUGGGGUUUAUCUUCUCUCCAUCCAUAGAUCAUCUUCUUUCUUUCUCUGGCAAGUAGGACUCGGUGCUCCAUACACCUCACGGUUUGUUGUACUUGUUCCUGUUUAUGCUGACUUGCUCGGUGCCACCAGAAGGCACCCGGGGCUGAGGGUCCUGGAACUGCUCCCCGUUGUUCUGAACAGACUGGAGUUAGGACCCAGGAAGGACGCCGCAGCCCCGGGAUACAGGAUAUAAAUAGAGGACAGAAGAGAACAAAGUUUGAGGCGAGAGCCUGACAUCACUCUGUCUCUCCACCCAGAGAGCUGCAGCACGAGAGGUGUAAGCUUGAGUCAGACCAGAAGGACUUGGCCGGCCACCAGCCCAGGAGCGGGCUGGGGCACCGGGACAAAGUUCCUUUGGAAGUCCUCUUGCUCUGCUGACUUCGAGGAGAAGGAGACGUCCAAGUGCAACCCUGGAUGGAGACAAUAAAGGCUCUUGAAUAAGGGGGACGCAGCGACCGCAGACCGAGCCCCCCGCCCCUCGGCGUGCCGCUGGUCGUCUGGCAUCGCUUACCCCGGACCCAGUGUGGCGUGCUGACGCCUCCUGAGUGCCACGGCCCGUCUGCUCGUCGCGAUGUGUGCACUGAUCACUGAAGACUCUCAAGCCUGGAGACAAGGAAGGAGCACGCAGUAACUCUCUGAGACGCCCGCUUUCACACACACGGGAGCAACAGAUUUGUUUUUUUCUCCGGAACCUGGGGAAAUGUCCCUUUCCCAAGGAAGUGAAAGUUAAAGUUUGUCACCGACCCUCAGGACUUUCACGUGGCUCACGUUCCACCUCUGACACCAUGAGGCAGGGGCUGCCUGGAUGCCGCUGGCACUCCUGGAUGCUGCUAUUUUAUUGCAAUUUUCAGGUGCAUCGAGCCCACUCCGGGUCACAAGCACAUCCAGGCUUUGAGGUCUUGGCCUCUGCCUCCCAUUACUGGCCCCUGGAGCAUGUGGACGGGAUCCAUGAGCUGCAGGACACAACUGGAGCAUCACGAACCCACAACCUCACUGUGCUCCCCUCCCAUAAUGCUACCUUUGUGUCCACCAAUGACUCUGCCUACUCAAAUCUCUCUGCGACCGUAGACAUUGUCGAAGGAAAGGUCAACAAAGGCAUUUACCUCAAGGAGGAGAAAGGCGUCACGCUCCUGUACCACGGAAGGUACAAGACCUCCUGCAUCAGUAACCCGGCCCAGUGCGGUCCCGAGGGGGUCACAUUUUCUUUUUUCUGGAAGACAUACGGAGAGCCGUCCCGACCGACACCCUCUGCUUAUGGGGGACAGGUCAUUUCCGAUGGGUUCAAAGUGUGCUCCAGUGGCGGCAAGGGCUCCGUGGAGCUGUACACACGGGACAACUCCAUGCGGUGGCAGGCCAGCUUCAGCCCACCAGGUCCCUACUGGACUCAUGUCCUGUUUACGUGGAAAUCCAAGGAGGGCCUGAAAGUCUACGUGAACGGGACCCUCAGCACCUCGGACCCCAAUGGGAAAGUGUCUCAUGCCUACGGGGAGCCCAACGUCAACCUCGUGAUAGGAUCUGAGCAGGACCAGACCAAGCGCUACGAGAACAGAGCUUUCGAUGAAUUCAUCGUCUGGGAGCGGGCCCUGACCCCGGACGAGAUCACCAUGUACUUCAUGGCAGCCAUCGGAAAGCACGUUGCGUUGUCUUCAACACCAUUGAGCUUCCUCACGACGCCCGCAGCCAACACCCUGGUGCCCACCGAUGCCUACCAUCCCAUCAUCACCAACUUGACAGAGGAGAGAAAAAACUUCCAGAGUCCUGGAAUUGUCCUGAAUUACCUGCAAAACGUGUCCCUCAGCUUACCCAAUAAGUCCCUGUCCGAGGAAACGGCACGGAAUCUCGCUGAGACCUUCUUAAAAACCAUGGGAGAGGUUCUUCUGCUGCCCAGUUGGACUGCUGUGUCACAGGACAACGCCGUGGUGCUGGGCUUGAUAGAGACCGUGGACGUCGUCAUGAACCACAUCUCCUCCAACCUGCACGCCAGCGAGCCCCACGUCUCCAUCAUGGGCUCUUCCUCCAUGGCAGAGUUCUCAGUGGCCAAGCUCCUGCCUGACGCCAUGAACUCCUCCCACUACCGCUUUCCAGCGCAGGGACGCAGCUACAUUGAGAUUCCCCACGAGGCCUUCCACAGCCAAGCCUGGACCACCAUCGUGGGCCUCUUCUACCACUCAAUGCACCAUUACCUGAGCAACAUCCCGCCAGACGGCACCAGGAUUCCCGAGGCGGCGAAUUAUAAGAGCUGCCCGCUGUCUGCCGCCAGCUCUCUCAUCUCCCUAGAGGUCACCCCACCGCCCACACUCUCCCAAAACUUAUCGGGUUCCCCGCUCGUCACCGUCCAUCUCAGGCACAAAUUGAGUAGGAGGCAGUACAGCGAGGCCACCAACCAGAGUAACCACGUCUUCCUGUACUGCGCCUUCCUGGAUUUCAGCUCCGGAGAGGGGGUCUGGUCCACCCAGGGCUGUGUCCUCACAGAAGGGAACCUCGGCUACUCCACCUGCCACUGCUCUCACCUCACCAACUUCGCCAUCCUCAUGCAGGUGGUCCCGCUGGAGCUCACGCGCGGACACCAGGUGGCGCUCUCGUCCAUCAGUUACGUCGGCUGCUCCGUGUCCGUGCUCUGCCUGAUCAUUACUUUGGUCACCUUCGCCAUGCUCUCCUCAGUCAGCACCAUCCGGAACCAGCGUUACCACAUCCACGCCAACCUGUCCUUUGCGGUCCUCGUGGCCCAAGUUCUGCUGCUCAUCAGCUUCCACUGCCAGCCGGGCACGGUCCCAUGCCAGGUGCUGGCCAUGCUCCUGCACUACUUCUUCCUGAGUGCCUUUGCGUGGAUGCUGGUGGAGGGCUUGCACCUCUACAGCAUGGUCAUCAAGGUCUUCGGCUCGGAGGACAGCAAGCACCUAUACUACUAUGGGAUAGGAUGGGGUUUUCCUCUUCUGAUCUGUAUCAUUUCCAUAUCGUCAGCCAUGGACAGUUAUGGAACCACUAACAACUGCUGGCUGUCCCUGCAGAGUGGUGCCAUCUGGGCCUUCGUAGCCCCUGCCCUGCUGGUCAUCGUGGUCAACAUCAGCAUCCUCAUCGCCGUGACCAGGGUCAUCUCACAGAUCAGCGCUGACAACUACAAGAUCCACGGAGAUCCCAGCGCCUUCAAGUUGACAGCGAAAGCUGUGGCUGUACUGCUGCCCAUCCUGGGCACGGCCUGGGUGUUUGGCGUGCUGGCUGUCAACAACCAGGCGCUGGUCUUCCAGUACGUGUUUGCCGUACUCAACUCCCUACAGGGAUUUUUCAUCUUCCUCUUUCACUGUCUCCUGAAUUCAGAGGUGAGAGCCGCCUUCAAGCACAAAACCAAGGUGUGGACCCUCACAAGCAGCUCCAGCCGCCACCCCAACGUGAAACCCUUCAGCUCGGACGUGAUCAAUGGGACCCAGCUGGGCACGGCCUCCACCAAGCUCAGCGCCUGGGACAAGAGCAGCCAGUCUGCUCACCGCGUGGACCUGUCCCCCGUGUGAGCAGCGGCCGUGGGCCUGGCCUGCCUGCCACUCAGAGCACCGCCCCCCCAACAAAAUGCCUUCACCGGUGAGACCUCUCCUGCUGCUGUCUGGCUGCCGUGUCACGGCCCCUCCCUGGGUGACAGAGCCCCCUGUGAGUCCCCAGCCUGGUGCCCAGUGACGGGUAGACCCCUGGCUCAGGUCCUCCUGUGGGCUGAGUGACCACCCUUGGAUUCCCCCGGAGGACACAAUGGUCUGGCUGGGACUCUGUGUGGGCCUGCUGUCAUCGCUGCACGUGUGCGAGCAUCCAACCUGCGACGUAUGAGCACAUAGGACCUGGGGACUCAGGACCACAGAGGCGGGGCCCAGCCAGCGAGCCAAGGUCCCCACAGGCCCCCAGCGGGUCAGGCGGAGGCAGAUGGGGACACCUGGGGCGAGUAUGAGGACCGUGUUCAACCUGCUGAAUUCACCAAACACGCUCUAGCUGAAGAUGGCUUUGUGUCGGGUGUCGUCCUGGUGUGGGGUCCUCGCUGGGUCUGCUGGGCUGGCUGUGAGCCGAGCAGCCCCGUCCUGAGUGGGGGCCUCGCCAGGGUGGAGUGCCAGGUGUGGCGAGGCACAGCGGGGCCUGGAGAGCUGCUCAGCCGUCCUCACAAGUGUUGACACUUCUGACUGGAAGCCAGCCCUCAGAGAGCGCCUCGAGCAUCCGAGCCUGUGUUCACGGCGGGCGGGCUGCGCCCUGGGGUGGCUUCCCCAUCAGAUCUCGGUUUCUCCAGGCCCUAAGUUCCCUUUGAGAAUUCUUUCCUCCUCACUUACAAAUGCUUUUUUCUAUGUCUCUAUCGCACUGUCACAGUGGUGGCUGGCAAGGUUGCCCGUGCCCACAUGGCAGACAGCUCUGAAGGACAGUCUGAUCUGGGCGAGAAGCCGGAGGUGUGACAAGCGCUGUGUCUUCUGAGUAGAUGUUAAUCUGUGGCUCAGCCCCUUAGGCCAGGGAGUCACGUCAGCACUCUGUGUGGGGGCGGAGCUUGUGCAGCGCCAGCUUUGCCAUCCCAGAGAUGAACCAAACGCCACUGACACAUUCAGAAGCAGGAGCCGGAAUAUCCUGCAGUGACCAUUGCUCAUGGUGUCCGUGAGAUGUGUCCUGCGGAAUUCAGACCUGCCUUCCAUCGUGGAGACGGUCCUUUGACACUGACCACGCCAGCAGCAAGCCCUUCCCUACCCCCCCGUGUCUGCUGGGUUGCAGAGUAAGUUCUUUGUGUAGUUCCGUGGAGCUUUGCCACCCUCUUCUGGUCCCUUCUACAUGGAACUCGCCCCAACCACAGUGAGCACGACGUCAUGCACGGCCACCGGCCGCAGGCGGGAGUCGGCCGGCCGCAGACCAGCCCACCCACACUGAAUCUGUGGCCCGUCCAGGCGAGCUCCCCGGAGCGCCAGUCAACUGAGCACAUUGUGACGUAUGCAGCUCGAGUGCAGUCCCCAUGGGCGUGCUGGGGGGUGCCUGGUCGACACAGGUGGACACCCCCGCUUGGGGAAAGUCCGAUGUGCCAGCCCAGCUACUCCUCGUGCCUCAGAAUCUUCUGUGCCCGUGAGCACCUGCCAGUGACAACACUGUAUCCCUGGGAUUUACACUUGGAUUUUCCCUCGUUUAGUUUCCGGUGAAGCAAAGCAAGUGGGAACAGCCUUCAUCGUACAUGGACUCCUUUGCUUCUUAACCCUCGGCGUCCGCACUCUCCGUGGCUGAUACAGCAGGAGAGGUGGUGAGCGAGCCUUUAACGUCCAGUGAAUGAAGAGUGCACUUUAUUUAUAUGCGAGCUGCUCUGGCUGCUGCAGUAUUUUAUCAUCUGCACACACUGGGCCAAAGCUAAGACAUUGGAAAGAAUCGUGUGUUUAGAGUAGUUCACAGCACAGGCCAGGUGAUGAAUGCCACUCCGUAGUGAAAGUGUGUUGUGACUUUUAUGAAAUAAAAUCUUAA